AUGACUAUAGGCCAGGGUACUAAGCUGGGUCACCACAAGAAUAGACGACACCCUGUGGCCAAGCGCGACCAACCAGCAAGUAAUGAAGACGACUCUGACUCUUCUUACUAUUCGGAACUUUCCGAACUACAACAGGAAGAGAUGUUUACGCCACCUGAGAAGGCCCUACGAACAUAUUGCGGACUCGAAACAAAUAAUGUGUUUAUAUUCGUCAUAGAUGACGAUGGCUCUCCAAAGGUAUACAGCAAUCAGAAAGACGCCCUCAGCAAAGGUGUGCUAGAACAGUAUUUUGACCCAGAAGCUUAUUUUGACAUCUCUGUCGAUCAACAAUGCCAAGAGUAUCAACAGGCGGAAAAACGUCCGAGUUCAUGA